AUGUCUAAGCAACUCCUCGUUGUCUUCGGAGCUACAGGAAACCAGGGAGGCUCCGUCGCUCGCGCAGUCCUCAACGACUCUGACUUAUCCAAACGCUACGCAGUCCGCGCCAUCACGCGCGACACUUCUUCUUUCAAAGCACAAGACCUCAAGUGCAAAGGCGCAGAUGUUGUAGCUGCGGACUUCGAAAAUCAAUCUUCACUUUCCGCCGCGUUGAAAGGCGCUGACUUCGUCUUCGCCCUCACCGCCACCUCCUACGACGGCGACACGCGCGCCUUAGAAACCCGGCAAGCUACCGCCAUCGUCGACGAAGCCAUCAAACAAGGCGCCAGCUAUAUCAUCUGGUCCUCGAUGUCGCACCCGUUCAAGAUCAGCGGCGGGAAACUCAAGCACGCGCAGCAUUUUGACGUCAAAGCCGAGAUUGAGGAGUACAUCCGCAAGCAGCCGAUCAAAUCCGCAUUCUUCGCGCCCGGCAGCUUCAUGCAAAAUUUCUCAACGAGCAUGGUCCCACGGCCGUCACCAGCAAAUGACGGGUCAUAUGUCCUUGCGAACAUGUUCCAGCCCGAGACCCGGCUGCCGCUUAUCGACAUCACAGACACGGGGGUCUGGGUCAGCGCCAUUCUCGCGGAUCCAGAUAAGUAUGGGGGCAGGUUCUUCGCUGCAGCAGAGGGGUUGUACAGCCUCACGGAGAUUGUGGAUACGAUGAGCAAAGUCACUGGCAAGACCGUGAAGCAUAUGCAAGUUGAAGAUGAGGUAUUCAAGGGGUAUUUGCCCAAAGCUGCCGGAGACAUGAUCUUUGAUAUGUAUCUGCUUCUUAGGGAUUAUGGGUACUACGGUGAGAAUAUGGAGGAUGACAUACAAUGGGCGAAGGAGCAGGCGAGGGGGGAAGCUAACUGGCUUAGAAGAAUUCUUCACGAAGACGGGCUGGAAAUUGGAGUGAGCGGGCAGAUGGUUUAG